AUGUCAAAGCCAGCAUUCGACAUCGUAAUCCCCCUCGCGGAUGAUGCGGCCGUCACCUCAGACAUUCACCUCCGCGCCAUGGAGGAGAACCUCCUCACGCACGCGCAGUUUCCCAAUCCUCAGGCCUGGGAAUUUUUCCGCGAGUGGCUUACGACAAACACGCGGGAGCACAUUCAGCAUUCUAACAAGGGGGUCUUGAUUGCGCGGGAUUCGGCGACUGGUGAGAUCGCCAGCUUCAUCAAGUGGUUGGAAUAUGGAUCAGGUGGAGAGGUUGCCUUGCCGCCACCUACAACAACCGUGGAAGACGAGUGGCCGGAGUUUUGUGGGCGAUUGAUCCUGGAUGAGUAUACGAAUAUUGCUGCAGAUGCGAGGAAGAGGGUCCUUGGGGAGAAGGGAUAUUUUCAUGUGACUUUUCUAUGCACCGAUCCCAAAUGGGGUGGUCGUGGCGCCGCUUCAGCUCUACUAAGGGAGCUGGUGAACAUGGCAGAAGACGCUGGCAAAGCAAUUAUUUUGGAAGGUGUGAUGCCUGCCGUGCCGCUUUACAAGAGGUUAGGUUUCGAGGUUAGACAAGAACUGAAAAUGAUGCUGCCACCUCGCGGGUCAACCGAGCGGACCGAGUUAUAUCUGGAACAGACCAUGGUCUGGGCGCCACCAUCAUGGGACAACGUAUAG